AUGGACGAGGUCCUGGCCCUCAACCACGGCCUGAACGCGGAUCUCAUCGUGGAGGGCCAGACCCUUCUCCUCCCCGCUGGGUCCCUCUCGAAGCGCGACAAGGAGAUCCUCGCGGGCAUCGGGUCGAGCACGUACCGCACGUACCCCGUGCGCAAGGGCGAGAAGAUCCAGGACAUCCUCGGGGCGCGGAAGGUCACGAUGGAGGAGGCGCAGGGCCUCAACCCAGGCAUGGACCUGAACAAACUCGCCGAGGGGCAGGUCAUCAAGCUGCCACCAGGCAAGUACACGGUGCGUGAGCAGGAGAUGAUGAUGGGGACGGCGCGGGCUCCGCUCGAGUACUUCUCUGCUGCGGGGCCGGUGGCGCUGGGGGGGCUGGCGGGCGCGGUGGCCGGGGCCGGCGCCGCGUACCUGUUCAUGAAGAAGUACGUGCUAGACAACGUGGACGGGUACGAGACCGAGGACGAGGACUGA